AUGUCUUCAGUUCCGUAUCUGAGAGAGUUUGUCAACGAGCAACUAACUGCUGCUGCUGAAGAAAUAUUCGGAGUCUUAGAAAAAUCUAUCGUCGAGUACGAGGAAGAGAUCGAUCGGCAGCGCAGAAUGCUGGAUAUCGUUUGGCAACCAGAAAUAAAGCUACACAGGACAGAGCUCCCACAGCAACAUGUCUGUAAGGAGGAGGAGGUUCUCACUGACCAGCAGCUCUGUGACCAGGAAAGGAACUCCAGUCAGGACCAGGAGGACCCAGAGCCUCCACAGAUUAAAGAGGAAGAGGAGGAACUCUGCACCAGUCAGGAGGGAGAGCGGCUUGUACUGAAGCAGGAGACUGAUACCUUGAUGUUGACUCCUACUAAUGAGGGAUAUGACCACAGUGAACCAGAACCAAACAGUGACCAACAGCUCCUCUCUCACUACUCUCAAGGUAACACUGAGACAGGUAAAAAGUCUUUAAAAUGUGACACCUGUGGAAGAGAUUUUAAGUACAAAUACCUUCUGACUGAACAUCUUAGAAAACACACAGGUGAGAAGCCGUACCCUUGCAAGACCUGUGGGAAAAGAUUUUGCAGAGAGUCAGCGUUGAAAGAACAUGCAAGGAUCCACACUGGUGAAAAACCAUAUUCUUGUAAGAUUUGUGGGAAAGCUUUUAGAAAAAGUAAUACAUUGACAGAUCACAUGAGAACUCAUACAGGUGAAAAACCAUAUUCUUGUGAGAUUUGUGGGAAAGCUUUUAGAAUAAGUCGAUCCUUGACAGAUCACAUGAGAACUCAUACAGGUGAUAAGCCGUACCUUUGCAAGACCUGUGGAAAAAGAUUUCAUGUACCGAAAUUAUUGAAAGACCAUAUGAUGAUCCACACAGGUGAAAAACCAUAUCCUUGUGAGAUUUGUGGGAAAGCUUUUAGACAAAGAUGUGCUUUGAAAGUCCACAUGAGAACUCAUACAGGUGAGAAGCCGUACUCCUGUAACACCUGUGCGAAAAGAUUCAAACAGAUUUCAGCAUUAAAUUGUCAUUUGAGAACCCACACAGGUGAGAAGCCGUACACCUGCAACACCUGAGAGAAAAGUCAGUCAGAGAAUAUACUUGUGAAGGCACCUAAGAAUUCAUAUAGAUUAGAAGUAACAUACUUGAAAUAUACAAUCACAUACAAACUUAUAUUUACUUUUACUACGACAUGUGGGAGAGUGUUCAGACUUGGCGGUGCAUUGACAGUCCACAUGAGAAGAAUUUAAAUUGGAGAGAAACCACAUCACUGAAACACCGGCAGGAAAAGAUGAAAAGUGAAGAGCCUCAUAAUUGCAGCUCUUGUGGGAAAAGUUUUUUCUCAAAUCACACAGUUGAAAAAAUCACCUGAGAAUCAGUUUACUGGAGAGUUUAUUUGAGAGGGUUCAGCAACUGAAUGAAAUACACUUUUGCAACAGAUACUUCUCUGUAAUUGAAUGUAGAACAUUUCCCACAGAGGUCACAGCAUCUCAGUUGCAUGUUGUACAUGAGCAACAAUGUUAUCAAGUUUUGUUGAGUUCAUUUUUGCUCAUUUUUCCUUCAUGUAUUACUCAUAUUUCUUUUUGCAGCUGCAUUUCUUUGAAAAAAUCUGUUUCACAUUGAGUGCAUAGUUGCUACAAAUUUAAUUGAUUGUCCUCUUAAGUUGGUAUAAUUUUUUUUUACCAUUUUGUACAUGUGGACUUUGAACUCUGUCAUGUUGAAGCUAAGAACCCCUGUUUGUAUUUUGUGAAUGAAUGAAUUUGACAUAUCUGAUAUACUAGUUUGAUGCUUUAGCGAGGAAACACAAACGUGCUGUAGAAAAUGAAUGUAUUGUAAAUAAACUGAGUUACCUUUGUCUAAGGAUUUUGAUGCUAAGAAUAUUCCCUGGUGCUGAACCUUGACACAAUCCUGUCUCUGGGCUCAUCAGGAAGUUCCUUCCUCCUCAUGGCUCUUUAUUAUUAAUUGUCAGCUGUGAGACAAUCUAAGGACAUAUAUGUUCAAUGUGAAAAAACCUGAAAUGACUCAAAAUGUUCCAAAUGCACUGUAUGGAUGUGAUUACAAUUAGAGAAUCAAUGGAGUGAUGAGA